CCGAGUGUGUGUGUGUGUGUGUGUGUGUGUGUGUAAGACGCCACGUCGGCAGAAGCGAGCAGGCUGAAGACGAAGAAGAAGAAGAAGAAGAAGAAGAAGAAGAGUCUUGUUGCGUGGCGCAGCCCGCUAAGCCAACACUAGUUGCGGCAGAAGACGAGAACGUUCCACCUUCGACGAGCUCCUGAGGCCCAGCAGGAGAAGAAAGCCGUCAACGGUGCGAGGCUUCCCGCUUGGAGCUCGUCAUUAAUUCGGAGAAGCUCCAGAGUCGAAGUUUCAGGUGUGUCUGAAGCUGAGCCAUCAUGGUCAAGAAUGUGAACAGUGCCAACGUGGAGCCCCAGCCUGGGACCAGCCUGGCCUCGGACCAAGUGGAACCCGCCUCCAGUCAGCCCACAGAGGACGCAGCCAAGGACCACGCGGUGCCGCAGCCCGGCAUGGUGUGGCGCGUGACCGGCGGCCUCUUCAACGUCACCAAAGGCGUGGUGGGCGCGGCAGUGGGCGGAGUGGCCUGGGUGGGCGGCAAAAGCCUGGAGAUCACCAAGUCGGCUGUGACCACGGUGCCCGCCAUGGGGGUGGGGCUGGUGAAGGGUGGCGUGUCGGCCGUGGCCGGCGGCGUCACCACGGUGGGCUCCACGGUGGCCAACAAGGUCCCGUUCACAGCCAAGAGGAAGGACAAGGCAGAAUGAAGAUGAUGACUUUCACGAAGAGUCUUGAACGGCAAACCAAAUCCAAACACACCAGAACCGUGGAGGCCUCCUCCAACAACCCUCUUGGACUUUAAGCACCUGACUCCGGGCAGGUUGCACAGACUGGAACCUGGUGGGCGUGUUGAUGAAUGCCGUCUGCGCUGACCGCCAUGUUCUCUUCGCGGUCCACACAUUUGGUGAAAUGACUUUUUUGCAAAGGUAUUGAAUGAAAUGUUUUUGUUGUUCUUCAGUUUCAGCCUCCAAUCCCAGUUUGUUCGUUUUAUUCAAAGGAAGAGCCUCGUGUCGAAAUAACAAACAUAACUGUACGCUGACGAGAAAUUGACUUUUCCUGAGGGACAUCUUUUGUUGUUUUGUUGUCUGCAGUUGGAUGUCAGAAUGCUGGUUAAGAGUCAAGAUAUGAUCACUUGACAAAAAAAAAAAAAAAGUGCCUGAUCAGUCAUUAAUUCAUAAACUCUGCUGUCAACAUUUUAUAUGAAAUCUCAAGACGUCAGGGUGAGCUGGAGCUGUUGCUGAUGGGACUUCAAGAGUGUCAAUGUCUCUUUUUCUUUUAAUGUUUUCAGUACAUCAAUAAAGUAGUUUCAGGUAAAUACGUUA